GGUUCUUCGGGACGGAGCUGGAAGCUGCUGUGUAAACACUUCAGAUCCGGUAUCUCCGUCACGCUCGCACGCACGCAAGCACGCACACUCAAACACAAUCACACACGCACCGACGGAGUUACACUCGCGUUUCCACGCGAGGAAAUCCCGGUCCCGGAGCACGAGAUAAACCGCCGAGUAUCCGUGUGAAGAUGGCAUCAGUGACUGACUCGCAUCUCCAGCCGUCACAGAAAGACGCGGCUGACCAAAACUUCGACUACAUGUUUAAAAUCCUCAUCAUCGGCAACAGCAGCGUCGGUAAAACCAGCUUCCUGUUUCGCUAUGCGGACGAUUCCUUCACUUCAGCCUUCGUCAGCACGGUGGGGAUCGACUUUAAGGUCAAAACUGUUUUUCGGAACAACAAAAGAAUCAAACUGCAAAUCUGGGACACAGCCGGACAGGAGCGCUAUAGAACCAUCACUACAGCGUAUUACAGAGGAGCCAUGGGCUUCCUGCUAAUCUACGACAUCACAAACCAGGACUCGUUCAACGCCGUUCAGGACUGGGCCACUCAGAUAAAGACAUACUCCUGGGACAACGCACAGGUGAUACUGGUGGGCAACAAGUGUGACCUGGAAGAUGACAGACUCAUUCCGACAGAGGACAGUCAGAGAUUGGCUCAUGAACUCGGUUUCCAGUUUUUUGAGGCCAGCGCCAAAGACAACAUCAACGUGAAGCAGGUUUUUGAGUGUCUGGUGGACGUGAUAUGUGAGAAGAUGAAUGAAAGUAUGGACGGAGAUGGUCCAGUGUCCAACCACAAAGACUCCAGUCCGCAGGACACUUCCUCUGAGGGACACGCCGGCUGUGCCUGCUAAAACACACUCUCUCCGUCUUUAUCACGUAGAGAACUUCUCUUCACCUAUUCACUGCUACUUGGGAUAAUCUUUGCUUUCCUUCUUUUAACCCAAAUAGCAUCUGCUAAACGCACUCAGUGUUGUUUGUUGAUGUGGAUAGUCGAGAUAGGAUGGCGUGGAUUGAAAUCUGACUGCGCUAGUGAUCUGCGUGUCUCCCCGUACGUAUUCACGCGUGUAUGUGCGUUUUAAAGGUCCAUCCACACCCAUUGCUCACGCUCUCACCCCGUUCUCCAGCUUUUCUCUGUCUUUCCCUCAAAAAGGCCACGUUUGGAUGGAUCUUUGUGGUUUUAGCACAUGUUCUCUAUCUCAUCAGAUACUGUAACACCCACAGCCCUGAGCAGGUAGCUUCUGUCUUGUCUAUCUGGGUGUCCAUCUGCUUUAAAUUACAGUCCUAACAGCUCAUUCGGCACUAUUAUGGAGAUAAAUGCACUGUGCUAUUCUGAUAUGUGCAAUCAUGAUCAGUGAAUCUCACAAAACUCUUGAUCAGUUUUGUGAGAUUCAUUCAGCAGCAGUACAGUGGACACAGCAGAAACGAGUUUUGGCCAUCUAGAACACUCUCUUGUCUUCUCUAUCUCUGUUUUUGCGCACUCUCCUGGCUGUCCGUUAUGUCCAGUGUUUCUUCAGAGUAGACAGAUAGUGGCCUUGCUGAAGCUUUUUCCCGCCUGUUCUCAUCCUGUCGGAUGAUAUCAAGCCAUGUCACUUUUCUGUGAACCAGUGACAGGUUAAACUUACUUAGAUGUCUUUAUAAAACCCUCCCGUGCAAUAUAUGCAUUAUUAAAGACCCCUCUAUAUAUAUAUAUAUAUAUAUAUAUAUAUAUACACACACUCUGUCAUAAUGUGCAACACAAGUUGAUCUGUAAGAUUGUUGAUUAGUUUCCUUUUGUUUUAUGUCGCUUUCUCCA